UAUGGUUUGGAGCGUAUCCUGUCAGAGGAGAAGUGUCUGUCCCUGUUGGCCCGAGCUAUCGACCCCACCCAGCCCGCCAUGAUGACCGACGUGGUCAAGCUGCUGUCAGCCAUCUGCAUUGUGGGCGAGGAGAACACUUUGGAGAAGGUCCUUGAAGCCGUCACCACAGCAGGAGAACACAGGGCCACGGAGAGGUUCAGUCCAAUCGUAGAAGGACUCAGAGAUCGCUCCGUCCAAUUACAAGUGGCCUGCAUGCAGCUCAUCAAUGCUCUGGUGACGUCUCCAGACGAGCUGGACUUCAGGCUUCACAUCAGGAAUGAGUUCAUUCGCUCCGGCCUCAGAGAGAUUUUACCGCAUCUGACAACGAUCAGGAACGAUGCCCUGGACAUUCAGCUCAAGGUGUUUGAGGAGCACAAGGAAGAGGAUCUGAUGGAGCUCAGUCACCGUCUGGAGGACAUCAAGAGUGAACUGGAUGAUGUGGGAGAUGUGUUCAACGUGGUUCAGAGUAUGGUGAAGGACACCGGAGCAGAGGUCUACUUCCUCUCCAUCCUACAACACCUAAUGCUCAUCCGGAACGACUACUUUGUCCGGCCCCAGUAUUUUAAGAUCAUAGAAGAGUGUUUAUCUCAGAUCGUUCUCCAUCGCAGUGGGACCGACCCAGACUUCAGCUACCGAAAACGCCUUGACGUGGACUUCAGUGUCCUCCUGGACGUGUGUGUGGACAAGGCUCAGGUAGAAGAGUGUGAGCUGAGAGCUACUGACUUGGCUCUGAAGUUUGACGAGGAGUACUUGGGUCGACAGGAGGCUCAGGCUCAGCUGCUUAAGAGUGAAGAGAAGAUCAAUGAAUUGCAGGCAGAGCUACUUGCCUUCAAGUCCCAGGUAACUCCACACCACACCCACAGACAGACAGACAGACACACACCGGGGUUUCUGUGA